AUGACCUCCUCACAGCUCUCCAACGAUCAAUUUCUACAGCAAUGGGCGCCGAAUGCUUCAUCUUCAGGUGCGAAUCAGUCAAAUUUGAACGCGAAUACCUUCUCCGCUGGGGAUGAUGGGACAGGACAAAUCUCGAAUCAGCUUACAAGACGGCCAGGGAACAACCAGCUUAUCAGCCGAGCAAGGAUGUCUGAUCAGAACCUAAUACCUAUGAUGGACCAGAAUGCAGUGAGAUCAAAUGAGGCGGGUAGUUCAGGAAGUGGUGAGACUGAGGCAGAGAUAAGGCAGAGGGCCGUUCGCGCAAAGAAAGAGGCGCAAGCAAAGCGGAAACAGAUUCCGCCGUUCAUCCAGAAGUUGACAAGUUUCCUAGAUGACUCGAAAAAUGCCGAUUUAAUUCAGUGGUCUGAGGACGGGAACUCGUUCAUUGUUCAAGAUGAAGACGAAUUUGCAAAGUCCCUGAUACCAGAACUCUUCAAGCACAAUAAUUAUGCCUCUUUUGUGAGGCAGCUGAAUAUGUAUGGCUUUCACAAGAAGGUUGGCCUUUCUGACAAUUCGAUGCGGGCCAGCGAGCGCAAGAAUAAGAGUCCCAGCGAAUACUCUAACCCAUACUUCAAACGCGGUCAGCCUGACCUUCUAUGGUUGAUCCAGAAACCAAAGAACAUGUCUGGCCAGGGUAAAGGGGGCUCUAAAGGCAGUAAUCAGGUCAAAACUGAGCCUGAUGUGGACGAUGCGGAGAAUGAAGACUUUAAUGAUGAUGGCGGCGGGGGCCCUAGUGGUACCGGCGGUCGCGGGGAUAAGGCAAGAUUCAGGGGCCAGCUUGCCCUCGGGUCGGGAGAAGCGACCAUGCCCGGAGAGCAACUAUCAGAUGUAUACCGUGAACUGCAAGCCAUUCGCCACCAGCAGCAUGUUAUAUCGACCACAAUCCAGAAGUUGCGACGAGAACAUGAGCAACUAUAUGAACAGGCUACAAAUUUCCAAGAGCAACACAACCGCCAUGAGAAUUCGAUCAACGCUAUCCUCACCUUCCUGGCCACCGUUUACAAUAGAAGCCUCCAGGGACAUGAAGGUGCUCAAGGCCUAGCAAAUUCUUUUGCCGGCGCUAUAUCCCAAGACCAUCAGGGUCCGUCGGGAAAUAUCGUCGAUGUGGAUGACUUGGUGGACCAUUACGAAACGGAUGUCAACCCGAAUCAACCGCCUUUCAAGAAACAGAGACUCCUUCUCGGUGCACCACCUACCCAUGAUUCCCAAAGCCUGCCUUCUGGCUCAACCGGCAACUCUUAUAGCAUGGGCCAACGUAGCAGCGGUCCGCACAAGGCCAGCGUCCAGCAUGUAUCAGAGGUAGAAGAACUCUUCGACCAAACAAGCCCUAUGAACAACGUGUCCAGUCAACAACAGCGGCCACAACAACGCCAGAGCCAAACCCAGGCUCAGGCCCAGAAUCAGGCUCAGAAUCUCACACAUCCACAUCCAAAGCACCAGGACUCCCCUGGCCACCUCCCCCAGCGAGACAUCAUGUCACUUAUCCAAAACUCCAAUGCUCGCAACAGCUUCCCUACCAACCCAUCCGACUUCCCUACCGUGCUAUCCUCGUUAGAAACGUCGGGUGGGAACUCGCCUCUCACCACCGCCCAGCGAGCGGAUAUGCUCCGUCUCAUCUCCAACGAAAACAACGCUGCCCAUCCAUCCUCCAGCGCGUCUCAGAAUAAUGCUCUGAUCACGCCAAAUCCGCCUCAAAUGCCACACAACUACCCAGCACGACUAGCCAACACGCGUUCCGAACUCGACAACUUGAUUAAGAUGCAAGCUGAACAAGCCCGGUCGGUACAACAUCUAACCAACAUGUUACAACCACUUAGCCCUACAGGAUCGAUACCUGGUAUCGAUGGUACGAACGUCCCACCUCCACCGCUUGACCUGGACAAUCUCUUCAACAGUGGUGACUACUUUUCUGAGUUCCCUGGCCUGGAGACUCCAACCAAGGAAGGACAGGACCAGGCAGAUACCAGGAACACAAACACGGCUGGCGGAAACAACAACAGUAGCAACGAUACCGACCCCAAUGCUCCUACAGACAGCCAUCAAACAGACGACCUGUUCGACUUCGACACCCUCGCUGCCGACCCAGCAGCGGACGCAACAUUCUCCAACCCCGCACACAACCAGUCCUCUGAUCCGCUACAGUCAUUGCAAUCCGCCCCCAACUUUUUCGAUACCUUCGACCAGUUUGAUAACACGGCGAACCCUGAUCUAAGCGGACUAGGUGACGCGUCAGGUAUGGGCCUAAACGCCCAAAACUCCGGACAUGGACAUGAUAUGGACGGAAACCGGAUAACAGAGACGUUUACCAGUAGUGAGGCUACGAGUCCUGCAAAUACACAUGUUGAAGAUAGCCAGAACCAGGCUGCUGACGGUAAUCCAGCUCAUACCCAGGCGAGUCCCCGGAAUAUGCAGAGGCGCAGUGCAAGGAACCAGCAGCGGUAG